UGGCAAAUAUUUUUUAAGGACCCUAAACGAAAUAUUUCUAGGUUUUCGCGAUGAACGCGGGGGAGGGCCUGGCGAUGGCGGCAUCGCUGGCCCUGCUGGGAUGGUCCGGGAUCUGGUUCCUCAAUCGCAAGCUCUACCGGGAAUACGAGGAGCGGCGCGCGCUCGUCCAGAUCCUGUUUGGUGCCGUGUUCGCGCUCUCUUGCAAUCUCUUGCAGCUCGUCCUCUUCGAGAUCGUCCCGCUGCUCUCGCCCCAGGCGCGAUGGCUCAACUGGAAGCUGGAUCUCUACUGCAUUGUCGCGCUCCUGGUAUUCGUGCUGCCCUACUACCACUGCUAUCUCGUCUUUCGCAACAAGGGAUCCAGGCGGGAGAGGGCUGCCAUAGCCGCAUUGUGCUUCUUGCUUGGAUUCCUCUACGCGUUCUGGCGGAUGGGCGUCCACUUCCCAAUGCCAUCGCCGGACAAGGGAUUCUUCACGGUUGCACAGAUGGUGAGCCGGGUGGGAGUGAUCGGGGUCUCGGUCAUGGCUGUUCUAGCCGGAUUUGGAGCUGUGGAUCUCCCCUACAGCUAUCUCUCGCUCUUCAUCCGCGACAUCCAGGACAGCGAUAUCGCGUCUCUGGAGCGACAGCUCAUGCAAGCGCUGGAGAUGGGGAUCGCGAAGAAGAAGAAGAGGAUUCUCCUGGCUCAAUCGGAGAUGAGGAGAUCGCUGCUCAAGGGUGAGGCCAAAUCGACGAGCUUUUUCAGCCGGGUUGUGAGGACGGUGGUGAGAUCCGUGAGCGAGGACGAGCAGAUCCACAACUUGGAGGUGGAGAUCAAUGGAUUGGAGGAGCUCUCUAGGCAGCUCUUUCUCGACAUUUUCGAGCUGAGGAAGGCCAAGCAAGCCGCGAUCUACUCGAGAACUUGGAGGGGCCACGUCAAGAACAUUUGGGGAUACGCUCUUUCGCUCUACUGCGUCUACAAGAUGCUACGCUCGCUCCAAAGCAUCGUCCUCCGCGACACGGGCAGCGUGGAUCCGGCCACAAACGCCAUCGCCAUCUUUCUCCGGAUCUUCCACAUCAACUUCAACGUAGCUCUCUGGUCGCAGUACGUCUCCCUCGCGUUCGUGGGGAUGAUGAUCGCCAUGUCGCUGCGUGGAUUCCUCCAGAGCUUGAUGAAGUUCUUCUCGAUCGCCAGCAGCGGCGGCGCCAGGAACUCCUCCAGCAACGUCCUCGUCUUGUUCCUGUCCGAGAUCAUGGGGAUGUACUUCGUCUCGUCGAUUCUUCUCAUCCGGAAGAGCCUGGCCAGCGAGUACAGAUCGAUCAUCACCGACGCGCUUGGUGGCGACAUCCAGUUCAACUUCUACCAUCGCUGGUUUGAUGCCAUCUUCGUCGUCAGCGCGCUCCUCUCGAUCCUCCUCUUCGCCGUGCAAUACACUUCCAAGCAGGCCGACGACAAGCACCCAGUCGAUUGAGCGCCCUCCGAGAAAAAAAAAUCGGUUUUUACGCUGCUCGAGCGUGUUUCACCGGAUCGAUCGAGUAACUCAGGAGUUUUGCAAAAUUUGAUGGUCUGGCCACGAAGGUUUCUUCGUGUUUGUUCAAGGCUUACAUAGUGAAAUUUCAUGAUUCAUUCGUUUCCUCACAAAAUGAACUCAUGGCUGUGCCAACGUAGGAACGAACGCAAUGGCUAUGUCGCUUACUCCCUCCAUCAAAACACUUGCCUGGCCAAACGCACCCCAGUACGAUUGAAUAAGUUGGUCGCUCCUCAAGGUGAUACUCAAUACUUUCAUUGAACAUCUUUUCACGCACAAUACAAACCUGUGUUGAAGCUCUUCCGAUACAAACUUGGGUGUAAGCCUCCAUCCCGUAAAGGAUAGCUCCCUCUCCUUUGUACGAGAAGGACGAGCUUUCCAAUCCUUCGACUUGGAAUGAUAAUCCAUGACGAACUCCUCAAAUACUACAGCGACAUGGUAAUGCCCCGAUCUCUUGACCAUCAUCAGGUAUCUGCACGGCUCCUCCUUGACAUCGAUCCGGGGAAGAACUCUCCACGCAUUCGUGAGUGGAUUUCCAACAGCUAAAGUCAUGGCCUCGCCGCCAGCCUCGUCCAGAUCCUCGAGCCUCCCACAGACGAGCCCCAGCGAGCACGCCACGAAAACAAACCUGUGUCCCGCUGGACCGACGGAGAAGGAGCCAUGAUCAAGCUCCCUGCCAUGGUCUUUGAGGAUAGUGUCCAGUGAAGUAUACCAGAGCAAGCGCUGGCCAACUUGUAGCACAACCCAUGGCUCUGGCUCUGGAUCUGGAUCUUUGGCAGUUUUGCGAGCCACAAGCUCCUGCGAGUGUGCAAGGCGAUGCCAUCGCUUGCAGACGCGCCCGGCUUUAAGGAUUAUAGCUGCUGACAGUAUGUCGAGCACCAGAUCAUUGGCCAGAGCAUCAAACUCUCCCAUGCUCUUGAAACAGCAGACUCGUUGCCUCUUGCUGCUCGCU